UGUUGCACAGUGCAGUGGACUACAGGGUGAAUCCUCAAUUCUCCCCUCUCUCCUCUUUGGUCAACGGUUCUGCACGCAGCUACUGAACUUGUACGCUUUUCGCCAACAGUUUCCACCUCAGAAAUCAGCAAUUCUCCAGAGGACGAUGCCACGCAGAUCCCUAUGUCGCAGAUGAGUGGUGAGUUCAUUGGCUGUUUAGCCUGCUGGUGUAAGGCCAUGCUUUGUGGUGUUCCCACGACAUCCCUCCAUCACAGUGCGUGCGCCAAAAGUGGGGACGGGUUAAGGGGCACAGCUGUUCUUGAUGGAAUUUGCCCCAAAACAACAGUGCACAUUCAAUGGUUUCCUGCCAGGAGAGCGAUGCAGGGAGCAAUGGUCCCUCACAGGCUUGGCGGGCAUGUGAGGUGACCACAACAGGAUGCCUCUUAGCCAUUGCAUGUUAGUGCUGCGUGUCUGCGCCCUGCCAGGGUGGUGUGCUGCUGAACGAUUGUGCGGCCAAAUACCCUGCAGCGCUCAGCACUCACAGCGCAAUGCGUUAGUGCUUGUCCAAAAGGAAGAAAAGUGAUGAGUGCGGCCUCAUGUUCUUUCUCCUUCAUGGCAGCUCUCUUUGCAGACACCUCUGGUGACAUGAAUGAUGUCCUUGACCAUCCUAUUGCUGGGAGUUCUGGUGCAAAUGAAGGCUCCACACCCCUGCCCAUGAUGGAACUGACUUCACCAGAGCGGAGAAUGACUGCUGACAGGCGGCGUGUGCGACGUGUUGGAGUGCUCGCUGACUUUGCGAAGGCCAUGGUGGAGCAGGGAGAGGUCGAGGCAAUGGAGAGGAGGCGCUUCGAGGAUAGGCGGGAAAGGGAGGUGGCGUCAUUCAUGCAGAGCCGCGCAGAGCAAAACAGGGAGCUGUCAUCGCUGAGGCUGGCCAUCGACAGGGGGAAUGACAUAAUGCAGACCCUUGUGACGGCUUUGCUGCAGCGCAUGGGCUCCUCGGGUGGCAGGGGUGCUGGGGGUUCAUUGGGCGCCUCUGCUCCUGCGGUCGCAUCACAAACCUUGCCUGCCCCAGCGUUUCAGCAGUGCCUGCCCACUUGUGAAAUUGCUGGCCCGGCUGCAAAUCUCAUUGGAGAUGCGGCAGAGGUGACUUAUCCCACUCUGGCUGAGGACACCGACUUGGAGUCCUGUGUGGGCGCCACGGCGCCCCUUCCAUCACAGGUGGAGGACCUGAUGAUGGUUGGGGAGACCUCUGAGCUGUGCUGCACUCAGGUGGCUUGCCAAGAAUCACAGCCAAUGCACAAACGCUUGAGGAAGCCCAAAGCAAGAAUGGACCUGUGAGGACCCUCCCCACCCUGUUAUUUCUCUGUCUGCCACCACCACGGGCAAGCCCCCCCCCCUGCUUUUACAUAGGCUAUUGAUGUGCGUUUAAGCAUCAGAGGUUAGUUGGUUUAAUAUUUUAAAAAGGGCUACACGUCCCUGGCCUCUGUGGUAGGUUGCCAGGAGAGGAUGGUCAUGGAAAGCAGACAAUCCUCUGCUUUGCAGAGAUGUAACCAGCAAGCGACCCACCCACCCUUGUUUUCUCUGUCUGCCACCACCACGGCAGAACCCCCCCCCCCCGCUUUUACAUAGGCUAGUGAUGUGCGUUUAAGCAUCAAAGGUUAAUUGGUUUAAUAUUUUAAAAAGGGCUACACGUGCCUGCCCUCUGUGGUAGGUUGCCAGGAGAGGAUGGUCAUGGAAAGCAGACAAUCCUCUGCUUUGCAGAGAUGUAACCAGCAAGCGACCCACCCACCCCUGUUUUCUCUGUCUGCCACCACCACGGCAGGACCCCCCCCCUGCUUUUGCAUAGGCUAGUGAUGUGCGUUUAAGCAUCAGAGUUUAAUUUGUUUUAUGUUUUAUAAAACGUUAUACAUGCCUGUCCUCUCAGGUUGGUUGCCAGGAGAGGAAGGUCAUGGAAAGCAGACAAUCCUCUGCUUUGCAGAGAUGUAACCAGCAAGCGAUAAUAAACCAUAUGCACAAGCAUUUGUGAAAAU